AUGACUGCUGACCAAAUUAUAGCUUAUUUACUCCGGAAAACGUUAGAAGCACAAACACCAAAAUUGUCUGGUAGCAAAGAGGAAAACAUUACCGAUUGGGUGAAGACGGUAACAGUUGAAUUCAAGUUGGCCAAAUGUCUAGAUCAUGAAAAGUUAGACUGGUUUACAACACUUUUACGUGGAGAAGCAUCAACGUGGUAUAUUAAGAAUAUGCCCAAAAUUAAUUCAUGGGAACAAUUUACGGAAGAAAUAGAGAAAAAAAUAUAA